AUGGCCGGGUGCUCCUUGACAACACUGGGAGGCCAGUAUCGUGGGGGAUGGACCCAAUCCAGCGGCAAGCUCUCCCCACGAAACAUAUCAAUCAGGAUAUCAAAGAGGAACUACAUUCAUAAAAUUCCCCUUCCAUGUAUGUCCAAAUUCAAUUUAGCGAAAGAGUGGAAAAGCUGCGCAUUUACCUCUUAUAAUUUUCAUGGAAGGGGUUACAAGCUGGAGACUCAAGUUGGAUGUUAUUUCUUUCAGUCAAUGAUGGGUUCAGAGAGUGUGAUCUCACCAAAUCUAAUGUUGCUUUCUGAUGAAGCACUUCUGACUAUCAGCGUAGUUCUUGCGUAUUUGGCUGGGGUUGCACCCUCUCGACCUACAAUACCCCGCACCCAAAAUCCCAGCGCCAAUCAACAUCUUACAGCAUCAAUCUCCUCUGAUUCUGGUAGGAAUGGAAAACGUUUGCUUGACAAGAGUACAGCUUCUGACCCCAAUGAUACAUGGAAUGAAGUGAGGGCUAAGCUUUCUGAAGCCUUAGAAGCAAAUGGUCAAGAUGCCAGUUCUGAUAGCAGAGACAAAGAACUAAAAAAUGAUAGGAAAAACUAUCCUUUGAGUAUGCUUGCAAUUCAUGGAGGUCCCAAGUUGCGGCUUCUUCUGAUCACAUUUCAACUUCUUGAAAUGGAGGCAAGAAAUAUUUCCGGAAGUUUUGAACUUCUAGAUGGGAUCAGGUGGUCGGAAGUGUCAGUUAUGUUGAUAGAUAGCUUGAUUGAACCAGCAUUUAUGAAAUGGAUCGAAGAAGAGCAAGCCCUGGAAAAUGGCAAGAUCGAUGAAAAGCUUAUGAUGGUGAUUAGCAGAAAAAUAAACGAAGACAAUGGGAUCUUGAAGAGAUUCAACAGAUUAGGGAAAGUUGAGCUCUAUUUGGACCUGCUCUUUUUUGUAAGAUUUGGUUCUGCAAGGUCUGACAGCUAUUUUGAUACUAAAUUUCUGGCUGAAAAUGGAGCAAGGAUUUUGGAGGACCUGGUAAUUUUCUUGGCUGAUGUGAUUGCUAGUAUUUAUCUAGAGAUCAUGUCAGUUGAUGGUGACAUGCCUACUGAGGUUGUUGGCUCCAGCUUAGCUCUAUGUUCUCUGUCGACAAGAGAACUUCAAAAGCGGCGUAAUGAGGUGGCAAUUAACGGGUGGCUGCACCAGUAUUUCGAGUCAGUUGUUUCCAUGUACGAGGACAGGUUUGAGUUAUAUGUUCUAUGCAGAAGAUCAUGCAAGAACACAGCAGAUAAUCGGCCUGAUAAAACUAAUUGGUUGACUAAUGCAUUUCGAAAGCCUUCGACAUCUACUCGCCUGGAUUAUGUUUGCAUAAGCCCAUUUUCUCUUCCAGUUAGAAGGACAAAGGAGCUAAGAGCUCUGACUGGGUGGAGGUAUUACUACAGCCUUUUCUUGGAGUUGUCGGAUAUUGCAAUGCCUUUUGCACGGGCAGUCGUGGCUAGAGUCAGCGCUGCGGUGUCCUACUUCUGGGUGUCCAUGAUAGGGAGAUCUUUGGGGCUCAUUUUUUCUGGUAUAAGGCAAUCGCUGGGCUGGAAAUGA